CAGACAUUACACAACCACAAAAAAAGACGGGGAUGUGAUGCAGCUGUAGUGUGCAAGUUUGAAUCAUAGCUGGUAGAGCAGGGCGCUACGACAUGUCAUAUGAGACAGAGUGCAAGCAGACACGCCUAUAUCGUGUGUGGAUUGAAGUGUUUGAGAGCAGCUCUGGCUAUUGAUUUAGACAAAGAAUCUCAUGGCAGAAUUGAAUUAUUCAGUGGAUAGCUUGGCAAACACCAGCAUGGCUAUUCCCCAUUGUUCAAGAGAGGAUUACAUGGGAAACAACAGCAUGGCUGCAACCCAAAACUUGAGACUGGUUUUGCUGGGUGAAGAUCAAAAGGAGAAUGCCCGUGUGGGGAACUUCAUUGUAAGAAGAGAUGCUUUCCAGACUGACGCUGUGGUGUCUGAACGACAAGUCUGUGAGCGAGUCACUGAUCUUGUGGGGUCCCGACAGGUUAUCGUCAUCAACCCUCCUGACCUGUUUCGUGCAGAGAAAACACUGCUCACAGCUAGAAAGAAAGAGUGCAUGGACCUGUCUGCUCCAGGGCCUCAUGCCUUCAUCCUUGUUCUGCGGCCAGAGAACUUCUUAGAGGAGGGCAGGUGCAAGGUGGAAUCCGUACUCGGUGAGCUCAGCAAUGACGCCCUAAAGUACACCAUUCUGGUAACUACUGAACUAACUACUGAACAUCCUGCAUCUUUGUUCACUGGAAGAGAACAUUUUAGCCUGCAGCUUUCCCUUGAGAAUCAAUCUCCCCUUGAGAUUGCCAAUCAAAGAGACAAUCUCUUUGAAAUUGUUGACCAGAUGAGGAUGAGGAUGACUGCAGUCACACCAGGGACCUCACUUCAGGCAGGAGGCAAACACAGACAGAAAAGAAGGAGAGAGGAAGACUUCUCUGAAGAGGGAGAAAGUCAGAAGAAGAAAAAAGAGGCGACGGAGAUCAUACGGCAAGCACAAGAUGUAAUGGAACAUGUUGAACAUAAACUUGUGACGAAACUCAAAGAUUCCUCUUGUACAACACUUACAAACUACAUAAGGACCAGCCUUCAGGAUUUGCAAAAACCGGCACAGAAAACUACCGUUGGCGUGUUUGGACCAACAGGUUGUGGGAAAAGCUCCCUGCUAAAUGCCAUCCUGGGAGAGCCUGGCCUGCUACCAACAGGAUAUGGGGAAGCCUGUACAUCAGUAAUCAUACAGGUGGAGGCCAAGACUGAGGAAAACUUCAUGGCAACUGUCGAGUUCAUCUCAAAAGAGGAAUGGUACAAUGAACUGAAAAGUCUUCUGGAAGAUGCUAAGGAUAGAAGCAAUGAUGCCUUCUGUAGAAUGGCAGAGGACAAAAUUAAAGCAUUGUAUGGUGCUGGUGCAAGUAACAAAAGCUUUGAUGAGCUCACGAGCGGCAGCAAUUCCCACAUUGAGAAACUGCUGUCUUCAGGUCGGAAACGUUUCUCGCCGCAUUCUGAGGCCUGGGCCCUCUCUAAAGAAAUCAGACCCUAUAUUAGUCAUGGUGAAGAUGACAUUGGGAAGCUAUACUGGCCAAUUGUGAAAGCUGUGAAAAUCGAAGUUCCCAAAAAUAAAGACUUUCCAGAGAAUGUUGUGCUUGUUGACCUUCCGGGAAAUGGAGACCAUAACCAGACAAGAGAUGAGAUGUGGAAAGAGAUGCUGAGAGAGUGUACAGCUGUGUGGAUAGUCAGUGAUAUCAAUCGAGCUGCUUCUGACAAGGUUGCCUGGGGCAUACUCGACACCAAUAUGGCAGACAUGGUACCAGGAGGAGAAUGCACCAGCAUUGCAUUCAUCUGCACUAAAACGGAUGAUUUGCAUACACAGUCUUACAUGAGGGAAGAGGAACUGGGAGAGGAGGAUGUACAAGAAGAGGCUCAGCAGCCCAACAUCCCCAAGAAUUUGAGGCAAAAACGACGAUGUAUUCUACACAGGAAUAACAAGGCCAGGGCUGCAGUGGAGAAAAGAGCAUAUGAGAAUUAUGACAUCCAACUUAAAGUGUUUACUGUGAGUUCACAACAGUUUCUCUCAGAGGAAUAUUUGCAUCAAGAAGACACAGAGAUACUGGGCCUAAGAGAGGUGCUGAAGAGUUUCAAUGACCACAAUAACAGGAACGUGGCGUCAAAGUUUUUCUCAAGGGCCAAUGGGAUCCUGCACCUUAUUCAAGCCAGAGCAAUGGAUGAAGACAGAUAUAAGUUGCUGGUUGAGCUAGGAGCGACACUGGAGAGGGAAUUGGGGAUUUUGAGAAGGCAUCGUUUACAGUCAUGCUACGAUAAACUGGAAAAACAACUCACUGAGGGAGUCCAGAAGGCGGGGGACAGUUGUGAUAAAAUUUUAGAGGAACAACUGACUCCACCAUCAGGAAAAGUACGUGGAUUCCAUCAGACCUUGUCAGCCUUGUGCAGAAAUAAAGGUUACUUCAGGUCCAAAGAUGGAGAAACAAGAGACGUAAACCAGGCUUUGGCUGAAAUUGUGCAUCAAAGCAUUAACACAGAGUUCAAUUCCUUAUUCCCAAAUCAGGGGGAAACUGGACAAUCAGUACAAGAGAAGAUCAAUGAAUUCAGCAUCUGCUCCAUCAACGUCAAUAAGGGCUACAGCAAGCCUGAAGCAAUGGAUCACAUACUUAACUUCCUUAAAUGUGAAGAAGCCAAGCUGAAGGGGGAUGCACACAAAGACAUCAUGAAAACAAAAAAAGCCAUGUAUGCAGUAAUCAGGGAUACCAUCAAAGAAAAGAUGACUGCGGGCUACAUUGAGGCUGAAAAAGAAAGCGGGCCAGGAUCUGUGGAGAGGAAGAGAAAAGUACUGCAGGAACAUGUGGAAUCAGUGAAAUAUCAAAUGUUCAGUGAUGCAAAGAACAGGACUUUGUCUUCAUUCAGAGAGCUCAUGGCCCGGAUUCAAUCAGAUUUCAAAAGGAAACUAAGGGGCGCUAUGGAUCAUGCACUGACUGAAUACCAGUCCACUUUCAGCAUGGAUGUCCAAAGUGAAAUAGAGAAGAUGGAGCAGUUGGAAAAGGAGAAAAAGGAGUUAUUCGAGCAGUUGUCUGCAGAAUAGUAGGCAAAGACAUAAUGUGGGAAAUACACAAUGUGAUUUUUAUUGGAAAUGGUAUGACAGAAAUGUUGUAUACUUUCUGUAGAUAAUGGGCACAAGUGAAAAUAACACAAUAGCCAAGUUGAGUUUGCUAUAAAUUUGUACACUUCUCUCCUCUGGCAUACAUUUUGUGACUUUACAUGUGGUCACACAGAUAUUGUUUUUAAACCAAAUACAAAAUCUGAUGGAGUGGAGAUCAGAAAUUGGGGAUUUUUAUCAUUUGAACUUGUGGUGAGAUUAUAAUACUACUGCUUCACCAUGUUUAUUUUUUAGGGUGCUUUGUGCUUCACUGUUUAUAUUCAUCUUUUUUAAUGUAAACUAAAAACAAUUACAUGUAUUAUCAUUUUAAGUCCUCUAAAUAUGAAAACUAUAGUCUUCUAUGUUACAUAUAAUGGUUUGUUGUUGCGAUGAAAGAUUUUCCAAACGUCUAAGACAGGGUUUGAGAGGUAUGAAGAUGUCAUUUAGUUAUGUCAUAA